AAAAGGUAUUUGUAAGCUUAAUACGUUAAGAUCCAUCGGGAUUUUGCGAAAUCACGACUGCAUGAAUGAGUGUUUCUUCUCAAGAGACACUUUGUGAUUUCAAUUUACGGAAGUAGAGAUAAACUCCAAUAUCCUUUUCCAUUUGAAAUUUGGGGAUUCCAGUUCGAGAAAUACAAAGAUUGAAUUUUAGAAAACGCCCAUGUUCAAUCGACUUCUCGUGGAACUCAACCAGACAGACCCUAGUAAUUAUAUAACGACUUUGUGAUUCAUAAAAGUACAAGUUAUUGGGGGAUGAUUGCUUGGAGAUGGAGGGGUAAUCGAUCACCACCCAACGCCCGGGCAAGUAAUCGAUCACCACCCAACGCCCGGGCAACUAAUCGAUCACCACACAACGCCCGGGCAAGUAAUCGAUCACUACACAACGCCCGGGCAAGUAAUCCAUCACCACGCAACGCCCGGAUAUAUUUUUCAUCUCAAAUCAUGGCAAUAGUCAACAGAAAUGCAAUGGCCGACACUCCCAUUUAUUCACCAGAACUAUUGGAAGAAAUUGACUUUGAAAAGGAGCAUUUAGCGACGUAUGAUCCUCCGAUAUCACUGACCAAUCCAGGGCCAAACUUAAAGCUAAGGCCACUUCAGCUCUCAGACUACAAUAAGGGUUACAUGGAUCUACUUUUGUCUGCCCUCUAUAUGCAGGACUCUGCUGUAACACAGCAAGAAUUCAAAGAGAGAUGGGAUAAAAUGAAGGCUAGCGGAGGUUCCUAUUAUAUAACUGUUAUAGAGGACACGUCCACACAGAAAAUCAUAGGCAACGCCGUGUUACACGUGGAAUACAAACUUCUACAAUCCAGCUUUAGAAGAGGACGAAUAGAGGAUAUUGCCGUUCUUGAAGGAUAUCGUUUAAAACAACUAGCAAAAUUGUUGAUUGACGUCACAACGAUACUGUGCAAGAAAGUCGGAUGUUUUCGUGUCUCUCUUUACUGCAAAGACAGAGUUAUACCACUAUACCAAAAAUUCGGGUUUUACAUUGACAAGGCGGAAAAUCUCAUGUGGCUUGACAAAAUGAAAUUACAGUAGCAUAUUUACCCUUGUGAAAGCUGUAUCAAUGAAAAUGAUUUGAUGACGUCUGAAAAAUAUAUAUUCAAUAUAUGUUUUGGGCUGAUGUGUUACAAAAUACAAGCUCAACUCCGUUCAUCGAACAUGGACCCCCCCCCCCAAAGGUCACUUUCAGUAGACAGUCUUUGUCAGAUUUCUCAUUCUAUAAAGCCAAGAAAAGAAUAAAUAUUUUAUAAUUCGAAA